AUGUUCACCUCGGAGUGCAUCAACGUGGUCGACUUCUUCUACCCCAUCGGCAACACGCCAGCUGUGUCUCUGACUCAGUCCCUUCCCUUCAAGACUCCUGCCAAGAUUCUCCUUCUAGGAUGUGGGGACUUACGAAAUGUCUUGUUCACUGCUCAUCUUGAUGACCGCCCACUCGACAUCACAAGCUGCGAUGUCAAGAAAGCCAUAAUAGCACGAAACGUCUUGCUGUUGACUUUGAUCAUCGACGACGUCGAUUCCAAGAAUGAUGCAUCCAUCUGGAACAUCUACUAUCACAUGCGCAUCGACAAGAAGUCUGAUGAUCUUCUCAAAGCCCAGUCAUCCAAACUGGCCGAACUGGCGACUACUUGGGACACCUGGAGGCAAAGCAAAUAUGGCUCGCAGCUUAGGUUUUGCGACACUGCUACGCUGGCAGAUGUCAGGACCAUGUGGCUGUUCUACAGCCGGAGAACCAAGGCCGAGAUUUCCGACAUCAGAAAGCGUCUGGAUGUUGCAGUUGAUACUGCCAAAGAGAUGAAGCGACAACGGGGAGACAGCACCAUCCUUACCGGCUUUCGAGCAGCUGCCCCGGCUCACCUCUCAGCGGCCAUGCUCGACAUGAAUACACUCCACAAGCGUUUCUGGACUCAGGGUACACUUGAUUCCCCACACGCUGCAAACACAAAGAAGCUGCUCCCAAAUCCAAUGUUUGUGGUGGAUGAGGGAACCUCCACUCUUCACUAUGGAUGUGACCCGCUGUUGGGGUUCCAUCUCGCAACAGUCUAUGCGCCUGUCGAGGCGCAGUCGCCAUCGUACAGUCUGCAGGAGCGGCCUGACCAGUUGCAGAAAGCAAUUGAUACUGCUCGCCUGGAGUUCACGCAGUGGGCAACCUCAUUUCGCAGACAUUUAGGCUCCAUCACCCUCCGAUUCUUCGCCGGAGAUGCGAUCGCCUUUGCCUACACACUGCAGCACGUUCGUGCAUCUGGCAGCGCAACUGCUGGUUUCUACCGCGAUAGAUAUCAGUUUGAACCCCUGAGACUGAUUGAGAGCGAUUACAGUAACAUUGGAUCCGCACCCCUCUCAUUUGACAUUGUCGAUACGUCAAACUUGUGUGACCAUGUUGGCGGACUCAAUCUGCUGACAGCGGUGUCACCACUCCUGAACAACAAUUUGGCGUCCACCAUGUACACGGAAGUCCUCUCAAGCUCGGCAGAUAGUCGGAAAGAACUCAUGGACAAGAUGCUCUGCGGUGAUACUCCCACAGUAUCCACACUUCUGGGUUUGGUCCCUGCUGAGUACUGGACGAAUGCCUCUUGUGUCUCAUACGGAGAUGAAACCUUCCUUGAAACCUUCGAACGGACUCAGAGACCCAGUCAGCAUUCGGGUCAGCCGCAAAAGACACAGAUGUUUCUACGGGUUGCUUGGAAGAGGCCCCCUUGUAUUGCUUCUUCCGGCGACAAUGAUGUGACUCUGGUCCCAAUCCGAUUUGCUGAGGAGGACCUUGCACAUAUUCUAUACCUGAUUCAUGUGCGCAUGUUUGAAAGUGAAAACAUGGAAAAGAAACUCGCGGGCCUACUUAUGGGUCUGCCACCAACGCCGGACCAACUCAAUCCACAGCCGCAAUACCAUCGCGCUGGUCUGGCAGCUUUUCUCCGUCUGGUCCAGCGCCGUGUCUCUUGCGACUGGAUCAAGACAAUGGGACUUUUUCAUGACCUCGUACUGCAGCGGCCCAAUGCUCCGAUGGGUAUGCAUUAUUUUCAAGAGAUGUGCGCCUAUCUUCAUGUCCUCGACGUCCAUACUGUCGACAUGCUCAAGCACCCGAGCUCUGUUCUUCCCACCCGGUUUGGAGCAGAUGUUGCUGCCCCUGGAAUGCGUGACUUGCGAGGAUGGAUGAGCAUUGAUCAUGUUGUCUGUGUCACUUUAACAGUGCCUCGAAAGUACCUCAAGGUAUUCACCGAGGAAGACCGACUGAGCUUCGGCACCCCAACUGUUCAUUGCAAGGUUGCUGGUGGCUCUGGUUGGGAGAACCUUUUCCCUGCAUGUCAAUUCAGCUUUGGGCAGGUCUCAACCAAGGGAAGAAGACACAGUGAUGGAUAUGAGGUCUGCAUUACAGAAGACAAGACCGGAUGGAACGGCGAAUCGGCGCUCAUUGUCACGUUCUACACCACGUCAUGGGACAUUUUGCGGGACUACUCUUCGACGACCGUGUCUUUCGAGCUCCAUUCAACGCCUUUUACGGUGGGCCGCUUUAUGAGGCACUAUGGACCGUUUCUGAAGAUCUAUGAGACUGCAAUCGACAAUAUCGAGAACGUGUUCAUCACGAAGCACGCACCACAUCAGCGAGCCUUUCCGACUGUGCAAGGUUUCACCUUGGACCAACUGAUGACUCCCGAUGACCCCGAACGGAAAGAAAUCCAGACAGUUACAGCCAACGGAGACCCAAAGACUGGAUCCCUCGCAAACAUGGUAGGCCGCCUCGACAUCAAGUCAGAGAAGCUUCGGGCGAUCUUGAAAGCCGGCGCUCCCGUCGUUAUUGGCAAUCCCGCGCCGUGCCACUCAACCGUGUGUUUGGGACAGGAGGAGCCGCUGGACCUGUUCUUUCCGGUCCCUGUUCUUUCAACCAACCAAAAGGUUCGAAUCGCCCGCAAAUCCUCCUAUGUCGAGGUCAUUUCUCGGGUGGCAACAGUCUCGAGCAGCACCGACUUCCCCACCUCAUUCGCCUAUCCCAUGUACCUCGUCGGAAGCCAGAAGGCUCCCCUGGCAUGGACAAUGUCGCACUUGGAUUUGGAGAAGCAACCCGUCCUGAGUCUUCCCCAGGGUAGCAAAGCCAAUAAACAUCAUUGGCUGAACAAUCACUUCUCCAUGCAGUGGUCAAGCUCCGAAUGCGCCAUGCGAGAGAACGAGAGCCUCCCACGUUCGCCCGGCCAAAAGGCUCGGUUGGACUUCAAGGAGUCCCUGUUUUCAAUCCUUGUGCAGUUCUCAGGGCUCCAAGGGACCAGAUCAAACACUUUCGGUAUCAGCAUCCCUCAAGACGGUGGCAUCAACAUCCUAGUAUUCCCCAACAAGCUUCGGAUCGACUUGGCAACGCGUACGGUGGUGAUGGAUUCAGCCAUCCUGCCUCUCCACGAAGAGAUCAUGCCCAAGCUCCCAAGGUUCCUCGGCGCUCUCACACAGCGAGGGGUGGUCCAGGUCAUCGUCGACAAGGCAGAGAUGAGAAUGUGGAAACAAGUGCUGCCGGCAUGGGUCGAGCGGUGCCGGACCGACUGGAGCCACAGUGAUGAGUGCGAGUACCGCGCCACCGGCAAGAUCCCCCUGACCGACCAGCAGGACGACGCGCAGUUCCUGUGCUCCUGCGGCCAGGGCGUGUUCCCCAGCGACUUCACCCUGGACAGCGUUCCGGAGUGGCUGUCGGUGGCCAGGAAGUACUGCACGCGCGCGGCCAUAUCGCCUGUGUUUUGGGCCCCGUUUGCGGACCAGGUGUAUAUGCCCCCGAUGGACAAUUUGGAGAUCCCGAAAACCAGCGGUGGUUGCAAUGCCUGCGGAGCGGAGCGGAAGAAGGAUGGAAAGAAGCUGAUGAGGCAACAUGAAACGAGGAUGAGGCCAACAGGAUAA